AUGGUUUUAGCAGACUUGGGGGAACGGCUCAGGGGGGCCCUCUCCUCGGUUGGAGGUGGGUCGGAAGAUGAAAUCCAACAGAUGAUCAAAGACAUCUGCAUGGCAUUGUUGGAGUGUGACAUCAACGUCAAGCUCGUUGCAAAAUUGCGAGGCAACAUCAGAGACAAGAUAGACCAGGAAAAUGUCGCCAAAGAAACGUCAUCUCAGAACAAGAGAAAGAAGUUGCAGAAAAUCGUGUUUGAUGAGCUUUGCGCAUUGGUUGACUCGCAUGUCGAGCCACCUAAACCCAAGAAAUUGUCAUCUACAACCAAGACUAUCAAUGGGAAAAAAGUGCGAGUGGCCAAGGAUUCCAGCCACAUCAUCAUGUUUGUCGGUCUUCAGGGUGCAGGUAAGACCACUUCGUGUACCAAGUUGGCAGUGUACUACAAGAAGCGGGGGUUUAAAGUGGGGUUAGUGUGUGCUGAUACUUUCAGAGCAGGAGCAUUUGAUCAAUUGAAACAAAACGCCAUCAAGGCAAACAUCCCUUAUUAUGGUUCCUAUUUGGAGCCAGAUCCUGUCAAGAUUGCCUACGAAGGCGUUCAGAAAUUCAAGCUGGAAAAAUUUGACAUUAUAAUAGUCGAUACAUCGGGUAGGCACCGACAGGAAGAGCUGUUGUUUACAGAAAUGGUUCAAAUCAGUGACGCGGUCCAGCCGACGCAAACAAUCAUGGUCAUGGAUGGUUCGAUCGGUCAAGCGGCCGAGUCUCAGGCUCGUGCGUUCAAAGAGAGUGCGGACUUUGGAUCUAUCAUCUUGACCAAGAUGGAUGGCCACGCGAGAGGAGGUGGUGCCAUAUCGGCUGUGGCUGCAACAAAGACUCCAAUUGUGUUUAUUGGAACUGGUGAACAUAUCGGUGAUUUGGAAGUUUUCAAACCUUCAACUUUUGUUUCCAAGCUAUUGGGCAUCGGAGACAUUCAAUCGCUUAUUGAACAUGUCCAGUCUCUUAACUUGCAUCAGGACGAGGGCCACAAGAAGACCAUUGAAAACAUCAAGGAGGGGAAAUUCACUUUGAAGGAUUUUCAGAAUCAGAUGAACAACUUUAUGAAAAUGGGGCCGCUCACCAAUAUCGCCUCUAUGAUCCCCGGCUUAUCCAACAUAAUGUCUCAAGUUGGUGAGGAGGAAACCUCGAAAAAGAUUAGAAACAUGAUUUUCAUUAUGGAUUCCAUGACAACAAAAGAGUUGGAAAGUGACGGACGAAUCUUCAUCAAGGAACCCAGCAGAAUCAUACGAGUCGCGAGGGGCUCCGGGUGCAGUGCUGUGGAAGUCGAGAUGAUUUUGCAGCAGCAUAGAAUGAUGUCAACGAUGGCGAAAUCGGCAAUGGCCUCGCAGGGCCAACCUGGACAGCCUGGAGCAUUGGGCGGUAGUGCCCAGAUGCAAAGAAUGAUGCAACAAGCUCAAUCGAAUCCAAACUUUAUGCAACAGGCCAUGAGCAUGCUUGGUGGUGGAGGACCAGGAGGACCUGGUGGGGGGCCUGGAGGCUUAGCGGGAUUGAUGAACGACCCAAAUAUGAUGCAGCGUGCACAGGAGAUGAUGAGAAGCAACCCUCAAAUGCUCCAGCAAGCGCAGCAGAUGAUGAAGAAUCCAGGGAUGAUGCAAAGGAUGAUGCAGCAGUUUGGAGGCAUGGGCGGAAUGGGUGGCAUGGGUGGCAUGUAA